AUGCCACAACGGCAAGGCAAACGACAAGGAUUAAGAACAAAUGCAACUAUACGACGCAAUAAAUUCGAACAUAAUGCUAAUCGAGGAGAUUUUAUCAUGGACAAGAAUAGUGGAAUUGCUUUUUCUUUAUCAAAGUCAAAUCGAUGGGAAUUGAUUGAUGACGAAGAAAACCAAAUGCCAAUACGAAAAAUGAUGCCUAUGGGUAUGCGAUCCAACUGCAAAAGCAGUCCAUAUUGGUACACCGGAUUUCCUGGUGGACAUUUUCAAGAUUUCGAUCGUGCACGACAAUAUCAAAUAGUCAAUGGAAAAAGAAGUAAUGUUCAACUAGAAAAACAAGACACGGUUGAUGCAUGGAUCGAUUUGUCAUUUAAAAAUCACGAAUAUCCUUUAAAAAGAGAAUUACAUAAGAACCAUGAUACACCCUGUCGAGGUUGUCUUCGAAGUGGUGGAGUGAUACUUUUUCGUGGACGUGGUAAAAAAUCCUUAGGAAAAACAAAAGGUAUGAAAUCCUAUCGACGUAAAGAUUGGGAAGACGAAUUUAAUUUAUAA